CUCUUCACUUCACAUCUCAUUUCACAAACACGAAGAAAAAAAAACCUGCGAGCAAAAAAACAACAACGCAGUUUCAAAUUUUCAAAAAUAAGAAACGUUUCUUUUGUUGCCGGAGAAACGAUGUCCGCUCGUCACGAGAAAGAGAAGGGCGUUAACGUUCAAGUUCUUCUUCGCUGCAGGCCAUUUAGCGACGACGAGUUGAGGAAUAAUGCGCCUCAAGUAGUGACGUGCAAUGAUUAUCAAAGAGAGGUCGCCGUUUCGCAAAGUAUUGCUGGGAAGCAUAGGGUUUUCAACUUCGAUAAGGUUUUUGGUCCUUCAGCACAGCAGAAAGAUCUUUAUGAACAAGCAGUUGUGCCAAUUGUAAAUGAGGUCCUUGAGGGUUUCAACUGUACAAUUUUUGCAUAUGGUCAAACUGGUACAGGUAAAACCUAUACAAUGGAAGGGGAAUGCAAAAGGUCCAAGAGUGGGCCUAAUGGAGAAUUGCCUUCAGAAGCAGGGGUUAUACCCAGAGCGGUUAAGCAAAUUUUUGACACACUUGAAGGCCAGAAUGCAGAGUAUAGUGUUAAAGUUACUUUCUUGGAAUUGUACAAUGAGGAGAUUACGGACUUGCUUGCCCCAGAUGAAAUUUCUAAGGUUAAUAUGGAGGAAAAGCAAAAGAAACAAUUGCCUUUGAUGGAGGAUGGGAAAGGUGGUGUUCUUGUACGAGGUUUAGAAGAGGAAAUAGUAACAAGUGCUAAUGAGAUAUUUACACUCCUUGAACGAGGGUCUGCGAAACGCCGCACUGCAGAAACUUUGUUAAACAAGCAAUCUAGUCGGUCGCAUUCUCUUUUUACCAUUACUAUACAUAUCAAGGAAGCAACUCCUGAAGGCGAAGAGCUAAUUAAAUGUGGGAAGCUGAAUUUGGUUGAUCUGGCCGGUUCAGAAAAUAUCUCACGUUCGGGUGCCAGAGAGGGCCGUGCAAGAGAAGCUGGUGAAAUCAAUAAAAGUUUACUAACUCUUGGUCGUGUUAUUAAUGCUCUUGUAGAGCACCUUGGACAUAUCCCUUACAGGGAUAGCAAGCUGACAAGGUUGCUUCGUGAUUCACUUGGUGGAAGAACAAAAACAUGCAUUAUAGCAACAGUUUCACCUGCUGUUCACUGUAUUGAGGAGACAUUAAGCACACUGGAUUAUGCAUACAGAGCCAAGAAUAUAAAAAAUAAGCCUGAGGUGAACCAAAAAAUGAUGAAAUCGACUCUUAUUAAAGACCUUUAUGGAGAGAUUGAUAGACUUAAAUCAGAGGUCUAUGCUGCACGUGAAAAAAAUGGUGUUUACAUCCCAAAGGAGCGUUACUAUCAAGAGGAGAGUGAAAGGAAGGCAAUGGCUGAUCAGAUUGAACAAAUGGGAGUUACAAUGGAUACCCACCAGAAGCAAAUUGAAGAGUUGCAAGGAAAAUAUGACGCCCAAGUUAAACAAUGUUUCGAGUUGAGUGUAAAGCUAGAUGACACAGAGAAAAAUUUAAACCAAACUUGCAAAUUGCUUACCAAUACUGAAGAAGAUUUGAGGAAAUGUCGUUAUACAUUGAAGGAGAGGGAUUUUAUCAUAUCCGAACAAAGAAAAGCAGAAAAUGCUCUCACUCAUCAAGCAUGUGUUUUGCGAUAUGAUUUGGAAAAAGCUCUUCAAGAUAAUGAUUCUUUGUUCCAAAAGAUUGGUAGGGAAGAUAAGCUGAAUUCUGAUAAUAGAGCAGUGGCUAGCAACUUCCAAGUGGAACUCUCUCAGCAAAUUGGUUUUCUUCAGAACCUGGUGGCUUCCUCUAUUUUAAAGCAAGAUGAACAUAUCCAGCGUGUUGACAAAUAUUGUAAUUCUUUUCUAGACAUCCAUGAUAAGGCGGUCAAAGUUAUGAAGAAAAAAUUGAUGGCUUCAAGGACUUUGUAUAUUUCUCACAUUGAGGCAGUGCAAAAUGUUGUGAGGUUGCACAAGGCUAGCUCUAUUGCAGGCUUAGAUGAAAUUUCAUCUUCAGUGUCUUCUAAUGCUCAGUCUAUUGAAGAUUAUCUCGAAUCAGAGGCUGGUCAGGCUGCUUCAGUAUUUGAUGAGCUUAAGAAUAGUUUGUCAACCCACCAGGGGGAAAUGGCUCUUUUUGCUCGGGAAAUGCGUCAGAAAUUUCAUAUUAACGGCGAGCGAACAAAGGAGAUCUCUGAGUACAUGAAUGGAUUUCUCCAGAAGCUUUUGGACCAAUCAGAAGCUCUUCAGAACCAUGUUGCACAUGCCAAUGACAAUCAACUAAAGAGUAUUGUUGAUUUUCAGAAGGCCUAUGAGGAGCAAUCCAAAUCUGAUGCUGAGAAGCUUGUUGCUGAUAUUAGCAAUUUGGUCUCCAACCACAUUCAGCGUCAAAAGGAGCUGGUGGAUGCACGGCUUAUUGAUAUCAGAGAAAGUUCCACAGCAAAUAAGGGAACUUUGGAUGGACAUGUGUCUUCUUUGGAGGGUGUAACAACAGAUGCAAAGCGAAAAUGGCAUGAAUUUUCUAUGCAUGCCGAGAAUGAUGCUAAGGAGGCUGCAGAUUACUCUUCUGUCAAGCAUUGUCGUAUGGAGUUAUUAUUACAGCAAAGUUUAAGUACUACUGAGACUGCUUUGAACCACUGGAGAAUGACCCAUGAAUCAGUGAAUGAAAUGGGCCGUACACAUGUUUCAUCUUUGACAUCACUUACCAGGAAUGCAUGUGAGAGCAUUGAGCAACACGAUGCUGAGGUUGAUUCUGCAAGGAUCGGAACAGAGCAAGAUGUGGCUAGGAAUAGUGAAGAUUUGAAUCAGCAUAUUGACAAUAUGUCGGAGCAAGAGCGGGAGUCUGUAUUUGGAAUCUUGGAAGUUAUCAAAGCUCAUGCAAACACACUAACGAGUUUUAGGGAAGAUCAUUCUGGUCAAGCUGCAGUCAUUGAGGACAAAUCACAGGAAGCCUUCGGGCAGCAGUUUAUGGACUAUGAACCAACAGGUGCAACACCUGUUAGAUGCGAGCCAGAAGUUCCCAGUAAGGGAACAAUCGAGUCUCUACGAGCAAUGCCAGUGGAAACUCUACUCGACGAAUUCCGAGAAAAUAAUUCUUACGAAUCAUUCGAUGUGAAAGAGGUGAAACCAUCUUUAAUACCACGGUCACCCCUUGUACAACUCAACUAGUAAACUGUCUUCUGGCUGUUCAUCUGCUUGAUCAGUGAUAAAAAUCCAUGCCUGUACGAAAUACGAAUAGUGUAUAUUGUCGUUAAUACAAUCCGGAUAAAAAAGGUAAUAUUUAGGUUGAUGAUGCAGUGAGAAGUGGGUGCAUUAGCAGUGUUUCUGAGGUGUAGGGUGAUUUCAAUUCCAUCUUGGGAUUAUUCAGUAAGAUUGAAGGUUACUUGUAGUUGUAGAAGUUGAUGUAAAGUGAGGCGAGAGCUCCAUAUUUGGUGAUUUAAGUUUAUUUUUGGGAAUUACUGAAUUUGUUAUAUCCAAAUUCUGCAUAAAUGUAUUGCAUUACUGUA